AUGAGUAGCUCAAAUUAUUUUAAGAAUGAAACAAAAGAUUUUAAAAAAUCAUAUAACGAGUUGGGAGUGGAUAGCUAUGAUAGUGAUGUCAUUGAAAUUAUAAGUUUAAAUGAUAAUGAAUCCAAAUGCACCACGGUAUCGGGUUUCAACAACCCUGGGAGGGUGCAUUUGGGAAGUAAUAAUUACUGCACAUCGAUGGAGACAACUAGUGACAUCGAAAUUAUCGAGGAUAUAAACAUGUAUAACUACGAACAAAUAAAAUUGGCGAAGAUGAAAGAAUUGGAAGCAUCAAAUAAAAAAGGAGAAUUGGUAAGAGAUAAAGGUGUUUUUUUUGAAUAUUAUUUAGGAUGCAUAGAAACAGAUUCAAUAAUUUUGUCAAGCGAAAUAUGUGAUGUGAAAAGUGAUAAAGAUAUAGAAAUAAGUUAUGAGAUAACACCUAAAUCAACAAAAAGAUCAUAUUCUCCUACGUACAUGUUAAAAGUAAAUAAAAAUUAUGUUAUGUCUAAUGAUUACAUCAAGAUAAUAGGAAGAAAUAUACCUACAAAUAACAAAAAAAUAAAAAAAAAAAAAAUAUUAACAAAAAAAGAUAACAAUUCACAAUUAUGUAAUGAAGAGUAUUCUGAAUUUCAUUUUGAUUCAAAUAAAAUUUUAUCAGCUGAUAAAAAAUUCAUUGAAUAUGAUAAAUGCAAAAGUGAAGUUUUAAAAGACAUUAACGAGGGUUAUCCAUGCAUAAGAAUUAAGCAUCAUAAUAACCGAGACAUUUCAAAAAUUAAGAGUCUUUUAUCGAAAACUUUAUGUGUACUUUUAGUUUUGAAUGCAAUAAGGAUAGAAAUAAAAUUAGAAAAAGUUUCCUUAUGUGAUUUAAAAUUUGGGGGUAGCUUAAGAACAUUUAUUCAUGUUAUUUUAUAUCCCGAUUCGUUUAAAAUAGAUUCACAUAAAUUUCAUGAAUAUAACUCCUUAAUAAAGUGCAGUGUUGAUAACUUAUUCAAAGAGUUAAGAAUAACUCCUCUACGACUAGCGAAAAAUGUCGACAUGGAUUCUUUUGAUAGUACUCAUAUUAAAAUAAAUAAGGAAAGUUUAUUAUUAUCGUCUAACAGCGUUCCUAAGAGUGACACAUUUAUGUAUUCUAAGAAAGAUAAGGGUUCAAAUAGCAGCGGUGAAAAUUCCUUUGGGUUCAGCACACCUUACAAAGCGCUAGGAAUAGGCGCUACUUCGAGGAAGUCAGUCAUAGAUCAGUCCAAUCUAAGUAUGUCUAGGGAGGACGAAGAAAUUUUGGAUUCCAUGAGUGAAAAUGAAAUUGAGGAAAAAAAUGAAGAAGCUACGAACUUAGUUUUUGUUGAAGAAAAAUAUCGAGGAGGAUACUUGCUAGAAGAGUUUGAUCAAAUUCAUCCGAACAAAUUUUACUUUAAACCCAAGUUAAAAACGUACCAAGCGGAAGGAGUGUGGUGGAUGUACACGAAAGAAAAUCCCCCAGAUUAUUUUAAAAGUCAAAACAAAAAAAAUGACAAUAUAAAAGAAAUUGUAAUUGAUGAAGUUAUUAAGGUUAACAGUUAUUCUGACAAUGAACAAAAGAAUAAGAUGCAAGUCAUUUCCACAUUAAAUGAAAAAAUCGCUCGAAAUUUGCAUCACACCGCUAUUGUUACACCCAUCGAGAAGGAGACUCACAGCGUGUCUGAAUGUAAGAUGGAGCAGGUUGAUAGUGCCCCUCGGUGCAAGACGGAGCUAGUUGACAAUACCUCACGAUGCAAGACGGAGCAGGCUUAUAGGGAGCCUCCACAAGGGCAAGGAAAACAGAAUGAUUAUUCAAUCAUGCAAGAGAAGAACAAAUCAGACUGCGAAAAAGAAUCAAAAGUUGAAGAAGAAGGAGAAGAAGAAAAUAAUAACAGUGAGGAGGAUGAUGAUGAUAUCAGAAACAAGCAACCCCUGAACCCUUUAUGGGAGGAGCACGCAUUUAUCCCUAAUAUAAAAAUAUACGAAAAAAGCAAACUUGUGUGUGUAUUGAAAUAUUUUUAUGUAAACAAAUUAACAGGAUGCUUUUCACUCACGUAUCCUCAGUAUGUUCCCCCAUUUAGAGGUGGGAUUUUAGCAGAUGAAAUGGGAUUAGGUAAAACAAUUCAGAGUAUUGGAUUGAUAGCACAUGAUAUUUAUCACAAUAAUUUACACAUACAAAAUAAGAAUAAUGAAAAUAAGAAUAAUCUUACUUACUUGAUAGAGAAUACCAUCAAAGGAUUUAAUUUCAAAAAAGGAGGGACCUUAAUUAUUGCUCCUUUGGCUUUGAUAUACCAAUGGAAACAGGAAAUAGAGAGACAUACGAAAGAAGGAUUUAUGACAUCAUAUAUUUACUAUGGAAGUUCUAAAGAUGUAACUAGCGAAGAAUUAUCUAAAUAUUCUGUUGUUCUCACAACGUAUUCUACUUUAGUUUCUGAAUAUAAGAACACAUUAAUUAAGAAAAGAAGUAGUAUUGAUGAAGAUAACAACAAAAGUAUGCACAAUAAUGCUGAUACAGAUAAAAGUGAGUGCAUAGAUAGAGAUCACAAACUCACCAAAGAGAUAAAAAAAAGAGAAGUUUCUAGAGGUAAGACAAAAGGUGAAAGAAAAAGCAUUUUCCUUAAAAAUGACCCACAUAAUGGAAUUAAUGAAGAAAAAAAAAAAUUAAACAAUUUUUUUAUGAAAACUGUUUUGGGCACGAAAAUGGAAAUGAUGAAUAAUUAUGCACUAAAGAGUAAUGAAGAUAAGAAAAAUAUAAAAGAAGUGAAACCCCGAAAAGAAUGUCCCUUAUAUAAAAUAACAUGGAGGAGAAUAAUAAUAGAUGAAGCACAUGUGAUUAAAAACAAAAAUUCUAUUCAAUCUGUUGCUGUUUGGAAAUUACGUGGAGAAAGAAAUUGGUGUUUAACAGGAACACCUAUACAGAAUUCUAUAUUUGAUAUUUUUCCAUUGCUGAGAUUUUUAGGAAUUAAGCCAUAUGGAACAAUUGAAUGGUGGAAUAAAGAAAUUGUAGAUUAUGUAAAUAAAAAUAAAUUAAAUUUAGCUUUGGAUGUUGUAAGAAAAAUAUCAUCCCCAAUAUUGUUAAGGAGAACAAAAAAAUCAAGAACAAAAAAUGGAGAUUAUAUAAUAUCCCUUCCCCAAAAAAAUAUACAUUUAUUGAAACUGAAAUUUUCAAUGGAGGAGGAAGAUUUCUAUAGAGCUGUAUUUUAUAGAAGUAAAACAAAAUUCGAUACGUACAUGCAUGAUGGAAAUGUGUUAAGUCACUAUUCUCACGUUUUACAAUUAUUGCUCAGGCUAAGGCAAUGCUGUUCGCACCCUUUGCUUUUGUUUUCAAAGCCCUUUUUUGAAGAGUGGAAUAAGGGAGACAUAAAUAACAUUCAACAGAAGAAGGAAGACGUGUCGAAUGAUGUUCGAAAUGUUGGUGAAAUACGUACUGAUAAAUGUCAUAGUGGAUACAAAGGCAAAAAAAAUUUCGCAAGCGUUAAUGAAAGUGAUCCGUGUGAUAGUACUCAUCUCAUUAUUACCCAUGACAAGGAUAACGGGGUGGAAUCAGAAAAUGGAGGGGAAAAUCUAAUAUACAAUUUUAUGCUGGGUCAAACACAUUCAAAUAAACUGGAGGAAGAUUAUAUCCAAAUGAUAGAUUUGUUAAAAAGAGGGAAUGCAAUGCAAUGUGUAAUAUGUUUAGAAGAUGCUGUAUUUCCACUAAUUAGCAAAUGUUUACAUAUUAUUUGUAAAAAAUGUGCUGAUGAUUAUUUUCAUUUAACUCAAAUAGCUGAUAAGAAAUGCCCAGAGUGUGACCAAUAUAUAAGUUUAAAAUCAUUAAAAACGCUACAAGAGAAUAAAUCCCCACUUGAUGAAUUGUUAAAAAAAAUGAAAAAAGAAAAUUUUGUUUAUUCAACAAAAUUAAAACAGCUAUUUGAUCAUAUACAAAAUGAUAUGAAAAAUGAAUUACACAUUGUUGUAUUUUCACAGUGGAUAGGUUUUCUUAAAAUUAUUGAAAAGUUAUUGACGUUACAUAACAUCCCAAAUAAAAUAUAUGACGGUUCUUUAACAUAUGAAGAAAGAAAAACAACUCUUUUUUGGUUCAAUGUACAAAAGGGAAAAUUAUACCAACCUGGAAUUGGAUUUACAAAUACAUCCACGAAUGUACCUGUGGAAAAUACUGCAGGGAAAGUACUAUUAUGUUCUUUGAAAGCGGGAGGUGUAGGUCUCAAUUUAACCGUUUCAUCAAAAGUGUACUUAAUGGAUUUGUGGUGGAAUCCAGCCAUAGAAGAUCAGGCGUUCGAACGAGUACACAGAAUAGGACAACUAAAAGAUGUAAGCAUUUACAAGUUUGUUUUAGAAAAAACUGUUGAAGAAAGAAUUCUACAAAUUCAUCAAAGCAAACAGUAUACAGCUAAUCAAAUCUUAGCACAGGAGGGAAAUAAAAUAAAUACAGAAAUGAAGUUUGCACAACAGAAAUUGGGAAUGGAUGACUUCAUCUUGAUGUUCAAGGAUUGGAACGCGGAGGAGUAA